GCCUUUGUAGUGUGAGUCAAUAUUCCCGGAAGCGUGCUGUGCGUUUGAUUUGAGCUGCUCCCUCGCCAUUCAGUGACGCGUACUCCAGCGUAGCAGCAGCAGCAUAACGACUAUGGCAGAGCAGGAUCCCACCCCGGAACAGCUGGCGGCCAUCGCAGCGGCCAACGAGGAAGCGGAGGGCGGGGUCAACUACAAGCCCCCCGCUCAGAAGAGUCUGCAGGAGAUCCAGGAGCUGGACAAGGACGACGAGAGCCUGCGCAAGUACAAGGAGGCCCUGCUGGGGAACGCCGCCGCGGUUGCAGUAGACCCCAAUGCUCCCAAUGUCCAGGUGACACGCUUGACCCUGAUGUGUGAGACGGCGCCGCUGCCCCUGACCCUUGACCUACAGGGAGACCUGGAGUCCUUUAAGAAACAGUCCUUUGUCCUGAAGGAAGGCGUGGAGUACAAGAUAAAGAUCAGCUUCAAGGUCAACAAGGAGAUUGUGUCGGGACUGAAGUAUGCCCAGCAGACCUACAGGAAAGGAGUCAAGGUUGACAAGUCAGACUACAUGGUGGGGAGCUACGGGCCGCGGCCGGCAGAGUAUGAGUUCCUGACCCCUCUGGAGGAGGCCCCUAAAGGCAUGCUGGCACGCGGCACCUACAACAUCAAGUCCAAGUUCACUGAUGACGAUAAGCACGACCACCUCUCCUGGGAGUGGAACCUUAAUAUCAAGAAAGAGUGGAAAGACUGAGUCCCCGUCAACUUAAUUCUUCCCAUUCCCCUCUUCUUAUUCCCCCUCCAUUAUUUUGAAUUCAUAAUUAUGUGAUAAGUAAUUAAGGCAAAUUGCUCUCUCGUCCAUUCCAAUCACAUUGUCAUGCCACUCACCCCCCACACACUCCUUGUGAUGCUGAGUAUUGAAUAUGUGGAGAAAGCAAAUCAUGUGCACAAUCAUGAAUUUGUUUUGGUUAGUUUGUAUAUAAAUGUUUUUUUUUUAAAUGAAAGAUUGAUUUGUUAAUGCUCUUGAUAUGGAUGUCAUAAUCAACUGUGUGAAUUCCCUUCACCCCUCUUUUCACCCCCCUUCCUGCUGAUUGUUUUAUACAACCAGGAUCUGCCUUUUAAAGGUGUUGCUGUGUGUUAAAGGCUGUGGUAGGUCCACACUCUGUACUCUUUGUUGGGGAUGUUGCCCUCUGUCAGAUUAUAUGUACCAGAGUCCACACAAUCAGUUUAUUCUGGAACUAGUGUGAAUUCCUAACCGUUAAGAGGUGGCAUGAACAGCACUUACCGGCAGUCCACCAGAGGCACUGUGACCACCUGCUGAAGGUGCAAGUGUGCCUCUUCCUGAUCAGGGUUUUCACCUCCCUACCUAGUUCAUUCAGCAGCCAAGUGGCCUUAGAGGAUUCCUGUAGAACUAACGAUGAAGGAAAUGAUCACAAAGAGCCAUUUGCCUUUAGAACAGAACUGUCCGAUUGUUACGAGAGCCUCCUACAGGGUUUGAGUAAAAGAGUUUUAGGCGCGAACAGAUGAUCAGACAGACCAUUGAGAUGCUUGUACCUUCUUUCCAGAUUAACCAGUAGAAGUAGACCAUGAAAGUGAACAGCAGCCAUCUCUGCUCCCUCCUCACCACAUCAGGUGGUCUCAAUGUGGACCACCUUUAGUGCUGUUUGCUGAUAUAAAGAACCUGGUUUUGUUGACAACUAAGAAAUGAGCUCCUUGUCAGAUGCGCUCUAAGCAGACUAAGGCUUUCUUCCAGUCACUAACUCCAUUACUGUGGGGCCUUGCUGGUGGCCCUUGUGAGCAGAGGAAUGUUAAUCCACUCACCUCGAGUAUGAAUCAACUCCAGGAUUACCAAAACUGUCUGUGCCUCUAGCCUUUACAACCACCAGCUGCUCUCUGCUAAGGUCUGACUUCCAGAAUGGGAGCUCAACAUCAAAUAGUUUUGAACUUUGGACCUGAUGUUUUAGGUCAGGUCUAACUUGUGCACAGACCCAGAGUUUAGUAGAAUGAGAUCAGCCAAGACCUCUUACUACUACAUAACCAUGUUAUAUUUUUCUACACUCCAUUUUUCAACAUCAUAACUUGUGAUGUAGGGCUCAGGCUUUGUUUGGUUUCAAUGGUUCAUUGUUUCAGUAUGGUUUUGAUUCUGUGUAACUACUCCUCUGUGCCACCUGGAGAACAGUAUUCUACUGUCACAUUAAAGUCUUCAGUUUGGAGGUCACGCUGUCUUUUUAAUCAAUAAAGUCAUGUUACUUUUUA